AACUAAAGAAAAACUUGCCAUACAAAACCCUCGACAGAGUCAGCAAAACCACCAGCAAAAGGAAAGCAAAAGAUCGAGGAAACAGAAAGCAGCAGAUUCAGGGUUACACUGUAUCUUUGUAUCACAAUACAGAGUCUGAUUCUUCACUAGCGCACACAAAGGGAUGAACCAACAAGAUCCCCUCCUGUCAUCAUCAUCCCGACGGGAAAUUCCGCUGUCGACAAGGAGCAUUGGAUGUAUGUCUGGCAUUUUUCAGCUCGUUUGCAAAUAUCAUAAUCGCCGGAGAUUCCUCACUUCCAGUAUUUUUCUUUUCUUUUCUUUUUUAUUACUUUUUUUUUUCUGUGUUAGUAAUACAAAUUUUUUGUUAGAGAAAGAACCGCAAAAGAAUGUCUUCUUUUCUCCAGCAAUGUCGUCAUCUUCCCAGCCUUCUUGCUCUUCUCCACCACAAGAAGAUACCAUCCACCACCUUGUUCCCAGAAGUCCUACGCUGCCGGCAGAGAUGAGAGCCUCGCAGCCAGCGCUGGUGGCAAGGCUUAUGGGACUGAACGACAUUCCAGCAGCAGCAAUAGCGGCGGAGAAGCGUCGGAGACUCUUAGGAGCACUAGAGAAAUGCGAUGAGGACUUGAAGACUCUAAAGAAGAUGAUUGAGGUGGUGAAGAGCGUAGGUGACAGAGGUGAUAAAAUUCAAGUAUAUUACCGUACAGGAGAUAAGUUGAAGACUGCGAGUCCAGUGUCAGUGGUGGACGAGUUCACUCGGUCGGCUUUCUGCGGCUAUUCAAAACGUCACAACACAAAUAUUGGAAAAGCGCCACAACAAAGGAAGAGGAAGGUGGGAGAUGAGGAUAUCACCAGCAUAAGUUUGGUAGACAGAAUAAAGAGUGAAAUAAUGAUUCCAUCUGAAAGAAGUGAAAACUUAGCUUCGCCUAUAUGGAGCAGCACAGCCAUGGUAGAGAGUGUAAAUGAAGCAUGUAAGGAUAUUGAAUGGGGACAGAGGAGAGAAAUUGGGAGAAUAGGAUUGGCUUUGCAAGAUUACAUAUUCAGAGACCUGAUUGAAGAGAUUGUUAGAGAAAUGGGAUUUUGUUGCAUUUGCCCACCAUUGCCACUCGAAUCAUGUAAGAGAAGACUGCGUUUCUACUAAAUCAUAAAAGUGCAUGCAAAUAAUAUAUAUAUAUAUAUAUAUAUUUUUUAAUCAAACAUUUAUCAGGAAGUUUUUGUAGACACAGAUGGACAUAGAGUUUUGUCAUGUAUUGCUUUAUUGCUUAUUUAUGCAAGUUACAAUUUUAGAGA